GAUGGUUAUCCGGGCAUGUCGUGAGCUACGUCCCGAUUUCCUGUUUUUCUAGAUAACCACCAUCUAAAUGCCAGAUUGUUGCUUUUCGAAGAAGUGAAACAUACAUUAAUCUAGAUAAUGAAAUUUAGGUUAGAAAUUAUUUAAGCCUACAGUCCCAUUCACUUUUCAAAGGGUUAAAACGAGAACUGCUUUGAGUUCUUUUUACUGAAACAUGGUUACUUCGGAACUUGUUAAGGUAACACAGAAAAUACGCACUUUUUUUUUUACAUGAAGAGUCCUGUUGAAUUAUUUAUUUUUUGUCACUCAUGAGUUUUCAAUUGUGCAACUGGUUCCCAAGAGGAAUUGGGAUUUCAAUAUAGCAGGGUCUUUCUCUUAUCCUUGUUUUCUAAUUUUAUUUAUUAAUGACCUUUGGUUUGUUUUUAUCAACUGAGCUUGGAACUUUAAGAUAUAUAGUCAGGAUAUUCAACUGUCCAUCAUUCCCAUUUUAGAAAGAAAGAUUUGUAUUUAUGAAGUCUCCUUGAAAUUAUUCAUUUGAUAUCACUACUGCUUUGCGAGAAGGUCUGCUUAAAAUGGAAAAGGACAGAACUAUGGUCAAAAGCAGAUCUUCUGAAGUGAGUGAACAAUUGUUGUUUAAGGCCAAAGAAGAGCUUGGUGAAACUGAUAGCAUUAGAGAAGAAUCUCUGAAUCUCAUUAAGGAAUGGAUCCAAAGCCAUAACAUUGAUUAUUCUCAUUUAGAUGAUCAGUCAAUACGGUGGUUUCUCCGUGGCAGCAAAUUUGAUGUAAAAAGAACCAAAGAACGGAUAGAUAACUUUUUUCAGUUUCGCUCUAAAGUCACAGAAUGGUAUUCAGGAAGAGACCCACUUUCCCCAGAACUCUUAGAUAUUCUGAACCUUGGGACUAUCUUGCCAUUACCAGGACGUGAUGAUGAAGGAAGAAAGGUUAUUAUUAUUCGUGCAACUAUUCAUGAUGCUUAUAAACAUAAGCAAGAUGAUGUAUUGAAAGUAAUGAACAUGGUUAUAGAACUAAUGUGCCGUGACGACGAAGCCACGUCUAUAACAGGAGUAGUUUGUGUCGUGGAUUUGAAAGGUGUUGGGAUGGGCCACGCAAUGCAAAUGACGCCUUCGGUGAUUCGCAAAGCAGUCAGUUCUUGGCAGGACGUCAAUCCAAUCCGUACGAAGGGAAUGCACUACAUUAACACUCCGCUGAAUGUUCAUGUUGUAAUGAAUAUUUUCAGAACAUUCAUGAAAGAAAAGCUCAGACGCCGACUGCAUUUACAUAGAGGCGAUAGUAAAAAAGUGCUCACUUCACUCAUUCCUUGUGAUAAUUUACCAAAGGAAUACGGAGGAAAUGGACCCACAAUCGAUUUCUUAACAAUUUAAUUUUUCAGCCAAAUGGAAAGAUCGUGUUGUAGAAAACAGGGACUGGUUUAUGAACCCAGAAAAACAUGGACCAUUUUCGCCUUUUUGAGCUUUGAAAAAUGUUGGGCAUUCAAUCUGAAGGAAAAUGUCGAUUUUUCAUAUUUUACUGAAUUUCCAUCUUUGUUCCUAAUAUUCAUGCUGUUGCAUUUGGCAUAUGAUAAUAUGCGUUACUGAAGCAAGACGAACAUAUUUCUCCUUUCGUUUUUGUGUUUCCAAAAUGCCUUCAGAAUUCGUAUAUUUUCUGUUACGUUUCCUAAUCAUUUUUUAAACUCAAAAUACGAUAUAUAGAUAUCUACUAAA